AGUGACAUGUCAUGAUCAUACAAUGAAUCAAGUUGAGCACACGUGGGUGCUCUAUGCUUUGUGUGUAUGUAUGAGCUGAUAUACAGUCAGUCCGGCUAUUUAUGUAUGGCCUAUCCCUCGUCGACAUUGACGCGACCUCGCUUAGCAGAGCAGAUCCAUGCCUGGGCCCGUGUCUGUGGCUAUUCCCAUGGUGCUUUGAUCAUCAUCCAGGAGUCGAGAUCCAAUCCAUUUGAUACACCAGCUGCUUUGUUCAAAACCGGCUCGGCGCAGCAUUCACCAGCGGUAAAAUUGGCUAUACUACCUUAGACAAACCUUUGUUAGUUAACUCAAAAGAAGCUUUCAAGCUUGACCAUCUCCACCAAUUUUCAAGCCGCUCAAGGUAAGAUAUGCAAAACGAAUGCAGAUGCAAAUGCAAAUGCAAAUCCAUCCAUCCAUCCAUCCAAUGCAGGCAUCUCAUUUUGGCUCAGACGGGCGAUACUACCGGCACGUCUGUUCCCCUCUGAUUAUUAUUGUGGCUUCAUUUUCUUUCUUUUCUCAUACACCCGAGUCUCGGAUUUCCCACAUUCCGCCUUUCUUCCUCUUCGUCCUCCUCUUCUUCUCUCUCUUCUUUCCCCGCCAUUGAUUUGAUUUCCGAGAUCCAUUAUUAUCCUUUAUUCUCUUUAUCUCCAUCAAGAUCGUCGUCCCAUUGUCUCUUUUCUCCCCCUUCACCUAUUUCAGCCUCUCCUCUUCCUUCUCGGUUGUCUCUCUUUCUCACUGGCCGGACCAUAACUGGAUCUUUCCGGCAAAUAUCAAGCACUCAUCUGAUCUGAAAUAGUCGCACAUCGCAUCUCUUAUCUGCCUCGAAUCUCAUACUCAAUCUCAAUCUCUAAUUCUCCGAUAUCCAUCGCCCAACCCAAUCUUCGUCGCCGCCUCCAGUUUUGACCGACCUUUGAAUUUACUUUCCUGUCUCGGGUGUCCACUCCGUAUCAUCUCACCACUCGCAUUUUCGGAUACACCCAGACCAUGAUCGCCGCCUAUGGUCAAAGUACGGACAAAGUGGUCCGCGUGUCGACGGCUUCACAUCAUUUGAACAUCACAACACCUUCUUUCUAUCUGCAGCAACCCACGACACGCACAGUCAUGCCGUCUCGUAGUGGGAAACGUCCUCAUUGCGAUAGCAUCGACAGCGACUCGCCUGCGCCGACCAAGAAGUACAAGCAAGCCACCUCUUUCACUUCCGAUACUUCUUCAACAUCGACAACGUCGGCUGCCAGCUCUAUCGACUUGGAUUGUCCUUCAAUACAAACACCGCUCAGCAUUGACACUCUCAUGCCGGCCUUCAAGAGCGUGCAAUACGACCGCCCCACCUACCGAUCAGUAUCGCCACAGCCACCAUCACCCAGAUCGCAUUAAAGCUCACCUCCUUGAAGGUGUUACGAAAGACACGGCCUCACAUUUUGUUUUGAUAACAUUGGAUACCACUUUGCAUCCCUCGGCAUAAGCUGAGGGCACUCUUUUAGGCAUCAAGACCAAGAAUGAUUUUAUCUUUGUCAUUUUACGCGGAACACGAAAAACACCGAGCCUGGACCUCGGUUACCAAUAAUUGACGUGUCUAUUUCUCGGCGUUAUACACAUAGAGCGGAGGAUUUAAAGGGUCACGGUAGACUCUGGUACAUAGACGAUUGGAAUAAUGGUUUGGGAACAAGUUGGGCUCAGAAGUCCCGUACCUAUUAAUGGCAGAUGUUGAUAAGUACUAUGUAGUCCAUAAAUACGCAGUAGUCCCCCCAUUGUUGGUACAGACACACAAACGCCAGAUCCGUCUCGUAAUCGUCAUAAAUCAUUUCAGCGCAUCUUUGUCGUUCAGUUCAUCUCCCACCACAUGACAUCCUCUUCCUGGCAGUGCAUGCCGAUUUCGAAAUUCCGCUCCAUUGUGGUCAUGGAAUUUUCCAUGACCAGAAGCUCCACACGCGCCAUGGCUGCUCCAUCUCCUGUCUGUUUGGCCGCCAUGUACUCGGCCAUGAGCUCGGCGUGCCGGCUUUCGUAGUCCUGACGGACACGGCGCCUCCGGGCCGCCGGAUCGCACGCUGCGCACGUGUCGUUAAGAUGUUGAAUUUUGACAUUGGGAGUGCAUGGGCGAGAGUUUGUGGCCACGCCACAUGUUGUGGCAUAGUUUGUGAAUGUGUGGCCGCAAGCCAUUGAGGUCUUGAUACUUGUGCACAUGUCGAUUGCGAUUGAGUUUAGGAAGCGUUCGAGGAGAGGAGGGAAUCGCUGAUAAUUCGGCGCAAUCGCCUAUAAGCUGAUUACAGAUGUAUUUGAUCUUUGAGCGUCGUGGACUUGGAGAAGAGAAAACCCUCAAGUUGAAGGCAUUUAUUUAUUUACAAAUUUGUCCAUGAUAGAAAUAUCAACUAACUUUCAACAAUUCUCCAGGUUAUGCCUUCUUUUUGAUCCUUUCUGCGAUCAUAGAGAUGGGUCCCCUGUCCAAGUCGUCUCUGGUGGAUGUCGCAUGAUGAUCAUGGCACAAAGGCUUCACCGCCAUCCUACGCCUCCC